AUGCUGGAAGGAGUAGUCGCCAACCUGCUUAAUCGGUUCCUAGGAAUUUACGUCAAGAAUUUUGAUGCGACACAACUCAACAUCGGGAUCUGGUCGGGCGACGUCAAGCUACGGAACCUCGAAUUACGUCGCGAAGCGCUCGAUCAGCUCCACCUACCUCUCAACGUCGUCGAAGGUCACCUUGGCGAGCUCACACUAUCCAUCCCCUGGUCAAAUCUACGAGGCAAGCCAGUGAAGGUCGAUAUUGAAGAUGUUUUCCUGUUGGCGGCGCCAAGAGAAGACGCAGAUUAUGACCCAGUGGAAGAGGAGAGGCGUGCAAACGCUCUGAAAAUGGAACGGAUCGAAAGCGCCGAGCUUCUGCGUGAGCGCAACGCCGAAGGAAUGAGCCAGGAGGAGCAGCGUCGCAAUCAGAGCUUCACGCAGAGCAUGAUCACAGCGGUGGUGGAUAACUUGCAGAUCUCCAUCAAGAACGUGCACUUCCGUUAUGAAGACUCAAUUGCUUCACCUGGUCAUCCAUUCGCCCUCGGUGUGACUCUCAAGGAAUUGAGUGCAGUCAGCACGGACGGGGAUUGGAAUCCGACUUUCAUCCAAUCCGACUCCAGUGUCACGCACAAGCUCGCAGUCCUUGGGGCGCUCUCGGUUUACUGGAAUACAGAUGCCAAACUUCUGGGAACUGGACGUGGAUCUGACAUCGGAGCUGAGGCUCAGGGGAUCAGUCGUGAAGAUUUGAUGGAGAAGUUGAGAACUGCCAUUGAUCAGGACGAAGGUAACCAAUUCAUGCUACGCCCUGUCAGUGGCCGUGCUGGUUUGGAGAUGAACAAAUCCGGCAAAUACGACACGCCUGCAAUCAAGGCCCGGUUACUCUUCGACGAACUUGGCUUUGUUUUGGACGAUAAGCAGUAUCGCGAUGCUUUGAUGUUGGUUGACUUGUUCCAUUACUUCAUUCGUCACCAAGAGUACAAGAAGAUUCAACCUAAAGCCUCUCCCAAGGAGGAUCCACGGGCGUGGAUGAGGUUUGCUGGAGAAGCAGUCCUUAGCAAGAUCCAUGAACGCAACAGACGUUGGACCUGGGACUACAUCAAGGAGCGCAGAGAUGAUCGAAUUGCGUACAUCGCCCUGUUCAAGAAACGUAAGAAGGAAGAAGCCUUCACACCCGAGGAGAGCAAAGAAAUGGAAAGGCUCGAAGCGAAACUCAGCUACGAGGAUAUUCGAUUCUGGCGAUCACUCGCACGAAACCAGCUACGAAAGGAAAACGUGGGUGUCAAGAAGCCCGCCGAACAACAGUCUUGGUCAGACUGGUUCUGGGGCGCCAAGAAGGAAGAAUCCGAGGAAACAGCCAUGACAGAAGAGCAGCGACAAGAGCUCUACAAUGCCAUCGACUGGGACGAGAAGAAAGCCAUCACCGAGAGCGUCGAUCUGCCUCGGGAAUGGGUCAAGCUCGAAGUCAAUUGGAGUCUCCGAGCCGGCAGCUUCACCCUUGUCCAGGAGCCCCAUGGAGCAGCGAAUGAAGUCAUGAAGCUAGUUUUCGAUAACUUCCGGGCCAAAGCUCUCCAGCGCCCUGACUCCUAUCUCCUUGAUCUCGACCUGGGAGGCUUGAAGAUGUACGAUGGUACUACUGUUGGCACCCUUUAUCCUCAAAUCGUCAAAGUCAAGGACUCUCUCGACUCUACCGAAGAUCAAAAGAGUUUGACCUUGGAUCAAUCUACCGCAGACAUGAAUGAUGAAGGUAGCUUGUUCCAUUUACAACUGGAACAAAAUCCACUCGAAAGCGAUGCGGACACCGCUGUCAAAGUUAAGCUAAAGAGUAUCGAAGUCAUCUACAACCCUCGAUUCCUCGUCGAGAUCGUCAAAUUCUUCGAGCCUCCUGAGAGACACAUGGAGUCUAUUGGUGCACUUUUGGACACCGCAGGUGCGACUGUGGAGGGUCUUCGACAGCAAACACGGGCUGGCCUGGAGUUUGCCUUGGAGGAACACAAGAAGGUGGAUGCCCAAUUUGAUGUUCAUGCGCCUCUGAUCAUUGUUCCCGAAAGUAUCACGCAGCCAAGCUCCCUCUGCCUGAUUCUCGAUGCUGGUCAUGCCAGUGUCAACAGCGAGCUGGUCGACCGACAGGCAAUGCGCGACCUUCAGUCUAAGCAGAAGCGGCAAUACGAAGAGGAAGAUUACAAGCAGCUCGAACAUCUCCUUUACGAUCGGUUCCUCAUCAAACUUGACUCAACCCAAGUUCUUAUCGGACCUGGCGUUGAAGCCACCAAAGCUCAGCUCAACACCGACGUCGAAUCCAGAAAUUUCCAUAUCAUUGAUCGUAUCAACGUGGAUCUGGCAUUGGAGAUGUGCAUUGUUCCCAAGGUGACCCAGCUCACGCGCACACGGAUAUCUGGACAUUUGCCCGAACUUCAUGCGUCGAUGUCAGACACCAAAUACAAGGGACUGAUGAAACUUAUCGACAUCGCGAUUCCACAAUUCGACAACAAAUCCGAUGCAGCGGCAAAGGAGGAAGCCGUGACGCGACCUCGGUCGUCGUCCUUCCAGCCACCAGUCCAACGAGACCUUCCUGUUGUUGAUGACGAAGACGAUGUUGAAGAAGUGGAAAGGAAGAGCGACCAAACGAGCUCGCCUGCGAUUCACCGCCGGGACUUUGAGUUCAAAUUCACUGUUGGUCGUCUCCGUGGAUCACUCUCGCGUGCCGAUCCCCAUGACUUGCAGAGAGAUCAUUUGCUUGUUGAGCUGGUAGCUGAAGGCUUCGAGCUGGAUUUCUACAUGCGCCCAUAUGACAUGGUCGCUGAGGUUGUUCUGAAAUCAUUGAGUGUGGACGAUUACAUCGAGGAAAAUCCGAUUCCCGAGUUCAAGAGGAUUGUCUCAUCAAAGGGAUUCAAUGCCGAUGAAGACAAGGACCUCUUCCAAUUGAAGAUGGUGCGCGUCAAACCUGAGUCUCCUGAAUUUGAGUCCACAUACGAAGGCGUCGCUAUGAACCUUGACAUAGCAGUCUCGACUAUCAACCUUGUUGUGACGAGAAAGACACUUCUUACCCUCCUAGACUUCAUCCUCCUCACAUUCACGAACCCUCAACAACCCGCCGAGGUCAUUGAGCCUAAAGACCGGGUUGAGGCGAUUGAAGAAAAGCCUCAAGCUGCCGGAAAACUUCGCAUCAGGGCCAACCUCAAGAGUAUCGCAUUGAUUCUCAAUAAUGAUGGGGUGCGUCUGGCAACCUUGAGUUUGAAUACUGCCGACGUGGGAAUAUUCCUCGUUGGAGCCUCUAUGCUCAUCCAGUCUCGGAUCGGCAGUUUGACGUUGGUUGACGAUGUCAAUCAAGGCGCCUCAGAGGACUCCGAUAUUCGACGACUCCUUACCAUCGAGGGAGAGAAUUUCGCAGAUUUCAAGUAUGAGACCUUCGAUCCAGAAAGUGACACAUACCCCGGCUACGACUCCGAAGUCUAUCUACGUUCCGGCUCAAUCAAAAUCAACUUCAUGGAGGAGCCAUAUCGCAAGAUCAUCAAUUUCCUCGUCAAGUUUGGCAAAAUGCAAGCCAUUUUCAAUGCAGCCCGCCAAGCUGCAGCCAACCAGGCCACUCAUAUGCAGGAAAACGCAUCGCGGAUGCGGCUUGACGUUGUGGUUAAGACACCCAUUGUGGUCUUCCCUCGCGUGAUGCUGGAUGAUCGCCCUCGCGACACGAUCACCGCUCAUCUUGGUGAGAUCUAUGUUAAAAAUGAGUUUGUGCCCAUGGAUGACGGAAAGGACAGCCCCGCUGUCAAUGUGAUCUCCACUGGAGUUCGCAACAUUCGCCUUACCUCCAAAUUCCAUUUCGAAGAUGGCACCACCGAAGAGUUGGAGAUGAUCCAGAAAGUGAAUCUGGACUUUAGCAUCUGCUACUUGGAGCAUCAAGCCAAUAACCCUCGUCCAGAUAUGGAGAUUGAGGGUUCCUUGUCUCCCAUCAACCUACGCAUCUCCCAGAGCCAACUUAAGUUCCUGUUGGAGCUGUCUAAGUCGAUACCAGGCGCUUUCGCGACUGAUGCCGAGCAACAAGAGCUUGAGGCUAUGGAGUCUCUGCCUUCCUCCGUAACAGAGCCCACAAGGGAGGCCACUCAAACCACCCUAGACGGCUCGGAUGCCUCUACUGGCGAGAAGGAAACAUGGGUUCGCCUGGACAUGAUCUUCAAGGUCGACAGUGUCGGUCUGGAACUGAUCUUGGCCAACGACAACCAACCUGUCGGUCAACUGGAAGACGCCAGUCUUUCCAAGUUCUCUCUCAACGAUACCCGAGUGAAGCUACGCAUGUUGACCGAUGGGUCAUUGGAGUCGGAGCUUCUUAUCCACUCUUUCUCCAUUCGUGAUAGCCGCAAGCAAGACUCCAACAAGUUCAGGAACAUCAUGUCUUUGAUCAACAAUGAUGUUCAGCAACAGUUCAUGGCCAGCGUAUCUAUGUCUGGAGGACAAGAAAGACAUAUGAUUGCCAUGCUGACUAUUGAUAGCCCUCGCAUCAUGUUUGCCCUUGAUUAUCUGUCCGCUUUGCAGGCUUUCAGUCAAUCUGCGUUUGCAUCUGAAGAACCGGUUGAGGUGGAAGAGAGCGAAACAGAGGACUCCGAGACAGGAUCUGUCACAGCCGCAAGCUCUGAUAAAGCUAUUACCGAGGGCUCUUCGGGCAAUCAAGGUGCGGGCAUGACAGUGUCAUUCCGAGUCAAUCUUGUCGAUGCUCAAGUCAUCAUGGUGGCAAACCCUGCCAUCCCUCACUCCGAGGCUAUUGUUCUGGGUACCAAGGAAGUCCUGAUUUCUCACCAAAAUGUUUCCACGCUGCAGAUUCAAAAGGUUGGCAUGUUCUUGUGCCGCAUGGACAAGUUCGAAACUUCACGACUUCGCAUUCUGGAUGACUUCACACUUGAAAUGUCCGUGGAUAGCCGAAACCAAGAAAAGGGCUCUGCUUUGACUUCGAUUGAAGUCCACCUUGAGCCCCUGGUCCUCCGCUUGUCUCUCAGAGAUAUUCUCAUGGCAAUCCAGAUCGUCAACAAGGCUUCCGAGAUGAGGGCUCAAAAUUCCCAGCAGAUCGAAAGUGGCGAAGUGAAGAAGAUUGGGGACGCGAAGAGCACUACCAGGGCCCGUUCUGCCAGCAAGGCGUCUCACACUAUCGCCAACAGGACGCGCCGCUUGAGUCAAAGCCUUGGGCACGCCGGCCAGACACAUGCGCCACAAAGCUCCGUCAUCCUCAAGAGGGAAGAGCUAUCUGCCAAGAUCGACGGCGUCAGAGUCAUUCUGAUCGGUGAUUUGCACGAUCUUCCUCUGCUUGAUUGGAGUGUCAAGAAGUUCAAUGUGGAUGUGCGCGAUUGGUCAUCUACAUUGAAUGCCGAUACCAACUUCGAGACAUUCUUGAAUGUAUACAACUUCUCCAAGUCGGCAUGGGAACCAUUGAUUGAGCCCUGGCAGCUCGGGUUCCACAUGGCGAAGGAAGUCAACCCAGAUGUGUUUUCUUUCGACGUCUACUCUCACAAGACUAUGGAGCUCACUGUCACAUCUGCCACUAUUGCGCUCGCAUCAAAGUCCUUCCAGUUCCUCUCUACGGACGAGGAUGUUCUUUCCAAGCCGAGAGGAGCUGACGCUCCAUACCGCAUCCGCAACUACACCGGGUUUGACCUUCGGGUCUGGGCCGAUGUCAGUGCAGGAGAAGAUGGCCCAGCAGCAAAGCUGUCUGAUGGCGAGGAAUCUCCCUGGCGCUUCGAGGAUUCUACCGCUGUCCGUGAGACAUUGACCCCUGAAGGCCACGGCGGAGUUGUAGGUGUGAAACUCGAAGGCAGUGGCUUUGACAGCAUCAACCGCAUUCCCGUUGUCCGGGAGGGCGAGACCGUCUACGCCUUGAAGCCAAAGCAGGAGAAUGUUCUCCACAGGCUUCUAGUAGAAGUCACGCUGGGUCCUGACAACGUGAAGUACAUCACGUUCCGCUCGCCGCUUCUCAUUGAGAACAAUACACAGAUUCCAGUGGAAUUGGGUGUCUUCAGUCCCGGAGACGGUCAUCUUCUGAAGAUUGAGAAAAUCCUCCCUGGUGACGCUCGUCCUGCACCCGUCGGAUCAGCAUACCUCCACUCCGUUGUUCUUCGACCCGAUCAGGGCUUUGGAUAUGACUGGUCAAACGAGCAGUUGUUCUGGAAGGACCUGAUCAAGCGACCCACACGCACUGUCAAAUGUGUUGGUGAAAGCGGACAGCAAGCCCCUCCCUUCUAUUUCCAAGUCAAUGCAACAUACGACAACAAGGAUUCACUUACAGGAGUAUAUCCUUAUAUGAGAGUUCGAAUCUUCGCCCCCGUCGAGAUUCAGAACCUUCUACCUUAUGACUUUAAGUACCGCAUCUACGACAAGAACACCAAGAAGGAUUGGACCAAUUUCCUGCGCAAGGGCGGUGUCAGCCCAGUCCACGUCGUGGAACUCUCCCAUCUACUUCUUCUCAGCAUUGACCUGGAAGACACCGUGUUCCGCCAGAGCGAGUUUGCUAUAGUCAAUGGCAAUGCUCAGGACUACCGCAGAGAGCAUACCUUGUCCCUCAAGGAUGAGCGGGGUCUCCAGCUGAAGUUGCAGCUUCACUACUUCAAUAUCCCCAACAGUGGUGGUGCUUUCAAGGUUUCCGUCUACAGUCCAUACCUCAUUCUCAACAAAACGGGUCUUCCCAUGGACAUCCAGAGCAAGGCGUUCCUCCAGUCUGCAAGAAACGCUGCUGGACAAGGACUCAGAGUGGAUCCAAGAGACGAAGGCCGGGCACUCCCGUACAUGUACUCGUACUCCAACGAAGAUCAGAGGAACCGAUCUAUCUUGAAGGUCGGCGAUUCAUCGUGGAGCAAACCGCAGAGUUUCGAAGCUAUUGGUAGCACCUUUGAGGUUAUUUUCCCCGAUCGCCAAGGCAGAUCCGAGUUCCACUCAGGAGUCUCUGUUGCUGAAGGCGAGGGCAAAUACAAGCUCACCAAGGUAGUGACCCUUGCCCCACGGUUCAUCUUGAAGAGCAAGCUCAACGAGGAUCUUCUUGUGCGUGAGCCAGGCUCGUCCAAUGUCCACCAGAUCCAAAGUGGGCAGUUGGUCCCACUUCAUUUCCUUCGUCAGGUCGCAGAAAAGCAACUGUGUCUCUGCUUCCCAGGAGUGAACAACCAAUGGUCGUCUCCUUUCAGCAUCGCCGAUGUCGGCACCGUCCAUGUCAAAUUGGCCAAGGCGAAUCAGCGACAAAAGCUGAUCAAGGUUGACAUCAUCUUGGAAGGCGCAACACUGUUCUUGCACUUCAGCAUCGAAUCCCGGAACUGGCCGUUCUCCAUGCGCAACGAGAGUGACACGGAGUUCAUUUUCUACCAAGCCAACCCGAAUGUGGAAGACGAAGAUGAAGAUGACCAUACCAGUGGCUGGAGGCCAAUCCGAUACCGAAUCCCACCGCGAAGCAUCAUGCCUUACGCAUGGGAUUACCCAGCCACGAAGAAUAAAUCUCUUGUGCUGACUUGCCAAGGAAAGGAGCGCCACAUCAAGCUUGCCGAGAUAGGAAAUCUGAUUCCGAUGCGCAUCCCGCCUUCGCAGCCAGGUGGAUACCAGAAGAUCAUCGAUAUCAACAUCGCAGCCGAUGGUCCUACUCAGAGUCUUGUGCUAUCCAACUUCAAGCCGUCGAAGAGUAUGUACAAGCAGCAGAGAGGACAAUCGUCGCAGACCGGCACAAACACAGGCUUCGAGGUCAAGGAAAUGAACUCAGACGUCAACUUUAAGGCUCAGCUCCGUUUGGGAGGAAUUGGUAUCUCGUUGAUCAACCAGAACCUGAAGGAACUUCUCUACCUCACGUUCCGUGAGAUCGAGAUCAAGUUCAGAGAGUCUAGACUUUACCAGACCCUCAAUACCACGAUCAAGUGGAUCCAGAUUGACAACCAACUCUACGGUGGCAUCUUCCCUAUCCUGCUCUACCCCAGUGUUGUUCCAAAGACCGGCAAGGAGAUGGAAGCUCACCCGAUCUUCCAUGCAAUGGUCACGCGAGUCAAGGAUGACUCGUAUGGUGUUCUCUACAUCAAGUACGCAACUCUGCUUCUACAGCAGAUGACGCUUGAAUUGGACGAAGAUUUCGUUUUCGCCAUGCUUGACUUUGUCAAGAUUCCUGGUGCUUCCUGGACUGAAGAGCAGGAGGGCAAGCUGUGCGAUGAGGACCUCAACAUUCCCGAGCCGCAACAAUCGGACAACGGACAGGAUGUCUAUUUCGAGCUUCUCCACCUCCAGCCAAUGCAAAUGGAUAUAUCUUUCAUGCGCACUGAGCGCGUCAAUGUGGAGGAUGCCAUGCAGCCUUCGAACCCCUUGAUGUUCUUUGUCAACGUCAUGACAAUGUCCAUGGGUAACGUCAACGAUGCACCCGUCCGUCUCAACGCGCUGAUGCUUGAGAAUGCUCGUGUCUCGUUCCCAAGACUGGUUGGUAACAUUCGUGCCCACUAUACGCAAGAGUUCCUGCGCCAGAUCCACAUCAUUCUCGGUUCAGCUGAUUUCUUGGGUAACCCUGUCGGUUUGUUCAACAAUGUCAGCUCUGGUGUCGCUGCUAUCUUCUAUGAGCCUUACCAAGGCUUGGUCAUGACCGACCGACCUCAAGAGCUAGGCAUCGGUAUCGCGAAGGGUGCCACCAGCUUUGUCAAGAAAUCCGUCUUCGGAUUCUCUGACAGUAUGGCUAAGCUCACGGGAAGUAUGUCCAAGGGUCUCGCUGCUGCAACCCUUGACAAAGAGUUCCAGAACCAGCGCCGCAUGUCGAAGGUCCGCAACCGCCCCAAGCACGCUCUCUACGGGAUCACGGCUGGUGGCAAUGCGUUUGCUACAAGUCUGGCGAGUGGAAUUGGUGGCUUAGCACGCCAUCCACUACAAGGUGCCGAGAAAGAGGGUAUCCAGGGAUUCUUCAAGGGUGUUGGAAAGGGAGUUCUUGGCUUGGCGACCAAGCCUGCUAUUGGAGCAUUUGAUCUUGCCUCCAAUCUUGCAGAGGGUGUUCGCAACACCACUACCGUUUUCGAUGCCGAGGGCCUUGAUCGCGUCCGACUCACUCGCUUCAUUGGCACCGAUGGCAUCGUGCGUCCGUAUUCACAGCGCGAAGCCCUCGGUCAAUUCUGGCUCAAGACCACCGAUGAUGGCAAGUAUUUCAACGAGGACUACAUUGCUCACCUGGAGCUUCCCGGUCGUGACAUGCUGGUUCUGUUGACCUACGCUCGCAUCAUGCUUGUGCGCACGAAGAAGCUCUACACCGAAUGGGACAUCCGUCUCACGGAUAUCCAAACCAUCUCCAAAGAGCGCACUGGAAUGAGCAUCACCCUGAAGGGUGGUGCUAACGGACCCUUCAUUCCCGUCCAGGAUGAGAGCUCGCGCAAUUGGCUGUACAGGCAGAUCGCUGUCGCCGUUAAUGCUUUCAACGAGAAGUAUAAUGCCCGAGGAUAG